AUGAAGCUUUUCCAGAACUCGUGCGAUUUCGAGUAUCCUUGGGAACAAGUCACUGCAGCUAAUUGGAAGAAAUAUCCAAAUGCAAUCUCUACCCAUGUCAUAGCAGUAGAUGUGCUUAGAAGGGAACUUAUAGAUGAUGGGAACAAGCUCGUCUCUGAGAGAUUGAUUACUAUAAAACAGGGUGUUCCACGAUGGAUUAUGAUGAUGGUUGGAGGAUCGAACGUUAGUCAUGUUCGUGAAGUUAGUACAGUUGAUUUGAACACUAAGACAUUGACUCUUAAGAGUUGCAAUCUGACUUAUUCGAACAUAUUGCGUGUCUUUGAAACUGUGAAAUAUAGUCCACAUCCGGAGGAUCCUGUAAAUAGGACGUUGUUUGAGCAGGAAGCUCAGAUUACGGCCUACGCGGCAAUCACAAAGAUAUGUAACAAAAUGGAGGAGUGGUCUGUGCAAAGGUUCCACGAUAACGCAAUGAAGGGCAAAAAAGGGUUUGAAUCCGUGCUAGAGGUGGUUAGUGAGCAUUGGAGACAACGUGAGCAUUAUGUCGAUGAUCUCGGGAACUCGUUGGUGAAUAAAGUCGAAGAUUUGAAAGCUACGGCCGAAGAUAUGAUGCAAGGUACUGAAAAGACUUCUUCGUACAUUUUCUCCCGCAACUACAACAUUUUCAAAGCUGCUUUCAAGCAAGGUGAAACCUAG